GCCAGUUGGGCAUUUCACUGAAGAGGGCGUGGAAUGUGAAGCGAAGAUGCUUAUAAGCUAGCUACAAAUAAACUACUUAGCUAGCUAUCUUAUUCUCCCCAACACCGCAAUGGCAGGAAUAAUCAAAAAGCAAAUCUUGAAACAUUUGUCCAGGUUCACCAAGAACCUGUCCCCAGACAAGAUCAACCUGAGCACGCUGAAGGGUGAGGGCCAGCUGUCCAACCUGGAGCUGGAUGAAGAGGUGCUGCAGAACAUGCUGGACCUGCCCACCUGGUUGGCUGUCACCCGGGUCUACUGCAACAAGGCUGCAAUCAGGAUACAAUGGACAAAGUUGAAGACCAGCCCCAUCUGCCUGUUCCUGGACAAGGUGGAGGUGGAGAUGAGAACGUGUGAGGAGCCCCGUCCACCAAAUGGCCCCUCCCCUAUUGCCAUCACUGCUGGCCAGAGUGAGUAUGGCUUCGCUGAGAAGGUGGUGGAGGGUAUGUCUGUCAUCAUCAACUCCAUCACCAUCAAGGUGCAGUCCCGUGCCUUCCACGCCUCCUUCGAGCUCUGGCAGCUGCAAGGCAACAGUCUCAACCCCAAAUGGCAGAAGACUGACCUCCGCUACACCCGCAUCACGGACCCCAAGAGAGGAGAGGUGUUGACGUUUAAGGAGAUCAACUGGCAGAGUCUGCGUAUAGAGGCUGAUGCCAUAGAGAGUGAGGACCAGGACCUGGGCAGUAUCCCAAUACGCCUCAUUACCAACCAGGGACGCAUCCGCAUCGCCCUGAAGCGCAGGGUGAAGGACUGUAACGUGCUGGCCUCUAAGCUGCUCUUCAUUCUGGAUGACCUGCUGUGGGUGCUGACGGACUCUCAGCUCAAAGCUGUCAUCCACUACGCCAAGUCCCUGAGCGAGGCCAUGGAGAAGUCUGCCCAGCAGAGGAAGAGUAUGGCUGCGGAGUCCCUACAGACUGCACCCCCGUCCCCUGGUAUCCACAAUCUAUGGACAGACCCUUCACCCCCUCCCAUCGGUGGUGCACCCAGUACCCUGGACCAGUACUUUGAUCAACACGACGUCAAAGAGUCCUCCUACCACACCUUCAUCUCUCGUCUAGACCUGCACAUAUGCAACGACAGCUCCUCAGCAGACCCCGAUGAGCCUCCACCUCCUGGCUCCCAGGGUGCAAUGCAGCUGACCUUCCGCAAGCUGGGUUUUGACUACUACCCCAUCCACCGGCCUGCUGAUGGCUGUCAGCACUGGGAACGUCACUGUGGAGCGAUGGAGGCCCGGGCCCAGUGGGCUGGCAGACUGCUGCAGGAGUUCCAGAGGAGGUUGGAGGUGUCCGGUAUCCCUGGUCCACACUCAGAGAUCCCCAAGGAGGCAAAUGACUCCCCUGCCAAGAGGGCUCAGGAUGGACAGCCCAGCUCCCCUGACAGGGAUCAGAGCUCCAGGAGGAACUCAACAGCACCUCCUCCCCCGGGGAACCCUCUGAAGAGGCUCCGCUCUAGCUGUGUGGUGGUACGAAUGGACGACCUGGAUAUCCAUCAGGUGUCUACAGGGGGACGCCACGGCAAGAAGACCCAGUCCUUACUAUCCUGUAACCGCAAGGCCCUGAACCUAGCAGACAGUAUACCAGCCAUCCACCUGCAAUUCACAGAGUAUUACUUCCCUGACAACCCCGGUUUGCCUGUACCCAACACUAACCUGUAUGCCCAGCUGAACGGCCUACAUCUGUGCCUGGACCCAGCCAGUCUGCUGUGGGUCAACCUGUUCUCGCGGGGCCUGCUGCAUACCCUGGAGCAGGUCAAAGCCUUCUACCAACUCCAGGACGGCAGCAAGGCAGAGGAGCAUGUGGACAUCCGCAUGGACGCAGCACAGAUCAAGCUGAUCAUUCCCCUGGAGUCAUCCAUCAUGGACCACCAGGACCGGCCCCAGUCCCUGAACAUCACUGUUUCCCAAACGGUCCUCAGCAACACCCGCCACUCCCCCCACGGCACCCGGGCCGACCUCAACACCACCUACAUUAGCUUCUCCACCUGCCACUUCUUCCAGUCCGCUCCCCCUUGCUCCUUCCCCCGAGACCAGAGCGCCUUUCUCCCUCUCCCCUCUGCCUUCCUCCAGCACUCCCUGGAGAUGGAGCCCCUGCCCUUGUCUGAGACGAGGCCCCUCCGGGCCAAGGACGUCUGGUCCCUAAGUCUCUCCCGUCUGUCCGGGAGCUUCGAGGGGGCGCGGAAAAGCAACAAGGGCAGAGCUCAUCCCUUCGUGGAGCCUUUCGCCAUGUCUGUGUGGAUAUGUCGUCCAUGUGCGUUUAAGGGUGGUUCCCUGGUCUCCUCUCCCAGUGAACCAGCUCCUGUAGAUCCCAACCAUGCAUCCUCAGAGCAGGAGAACCAGCUCCCGUCCAACCCUGACCACCACAACCUGGACAGUAAAAAGGAGGCUCCAGUGGCCUCUAUCCACUUCCUGGCCCAGGCCAUCACACCGGUCAAAGUGUGGCUCAACCACUACCAGUAUGUGGCCCUGCUGCGGAUGAAGGACACCCUGGCCAGGCUUGGGGGCGAGCUAGGACGGGACACCAGGGACGCUAAGCAUGCCAGGGGCCAGGAGUCUGACCCCCCUACGGUGUGCCUAGCCCUCCUAAUGGACUCAGUGGAGCUGGGGCUCCUGCUACCACCGGCAGCCACGGAGCCAGAGGAGGAGGAGGCCCACACCCCAGGGUCUGAAAGCGCCAGCCUGACAGACUCCGACCUCUCCCCCACUCACCAGGCUACAUCGCCAGGCCCUCUGGAGGAUAGCGGGAUAGGAAACGCCACUGCCACCGUCAACAGCUCUCCUCCCCUUGAGCAGGAGGUGGAUGGUGUGGUAGAGGAGGCCAGCGAGGCAGUAGAGGGCAUGGAGGGGGAGAUGGCCCAGGAGGGUGGCAAUGGUCCUGUCCCCUCUCCUCCCUUCUCCCCUGAACACCAUCUCUCCCUCCUGUCCAGGGAUCCUUCUACCUUCAGCCUGGAGGAAGAGCUGUCCAACGCCCUCACCGCCACCAAAGACGUCACCAAAGAUGCCUUUAGUGCCUCCCUGGACCUGACUAAAGGGGCGUUCUCCAUCACAAAAGAUGCAUUCAGCUUCAUGAGUCGCGGGUCGGGGAUGAGCAAGCUGUUCACUACACAGGCCAAGGAGCAGCGCCCUGAGGCCAGUCUGCGGCUCCAGUCCAUGAAGCUGUCUCUCUCGCAGCACUCAUUUGACAGCGCCAUCCUAGACGGAAGCCUGCCCGACGACCACCUCUCAGUGGACAGCGACACCAGCGACAACAUUCUCAUGGAUGAGUCAGGAGUAGAGUCCAUGAUGCGACCCAGCAGCACCCUGGAGCCCAUGGCCAGUGGAGGCAGCGCUGCCCCGGGGACAGAGGGGGGGUCAUCAGCCGACCUGAGCAGCUCCCUGUCCCAGAGCAUUGAGGACAUCACACAGGACACAGCCUCUGUGUUGUUGCUGGUGCUCAGUGGGAUUGCCUGUGUGGCGGACCUGAAGGGAGAGGACCUGGUGGUGGCAGUGGAGGUCCAGGAUCUCACCUCCAGACAGAUGGGCAACAUCAGGGUCUCUGACCUGCUGGCCAGACAAAUGCCAGGUGGGUCCACCCUGGGCCAGAGACAGGGCUACAGGUCAGCUCCAGUGGUGGGAAUGCGUAUGGAGAUGGGUCCCUCUGCAGCACGGCAUGGUCCCCUCUCUGCGUUGGUAGGUCACCUGGAGCUGGGUGUGCAGGGCUGUCGGGCGGAGCUCCUGGCCUCUACCCUGGCUACCCUGGGGCCCUUCCUGGAGGAUGAGCUCAGUGCUGACGUCCAGCCCAUGAAGAUUCGCCUGGACAAUGUCGCCAUCACUCUGAAGGAUGAUGGUCCCAAGAUCUACCCCACGGCCCCCCAGCCCCAACCUGCCACCUUUACCGUGGACCAGGUGGUUCUGGAGCGUUCUGAUGAUGGCAUGUUGAGAAUCAAAGGUGGUGCAGGCCCAGCCUCAAGAGACUCUGCAGGUGGUGCAGGCCCAGCCUCAAGAGACUCUGCAGGUGGUGCAGGCCCAGACUCUGCAGGUGGUGCUGUAGUAUGCUUGGAGAAACCAGACAGUUCUUGUUCUGUCCAACAACAGCAGAGCACGAGUCCGUCCCUGGAGUCCCAGCUAUCGGAGGCUCAGUUGGCCCUCUCUCAAGCCCUCACUGACCGAGAACGUCUCCUCCUGGAGGUCAGGAAGUACGACCCCAUGUUUGACCUGUGACCGCUUUACUCCCCUGACCAGCAGAGGGCGAUAUACUGACACUGCAUUAAUAAGGGAGUAAAGGAACUGAAUGAAAUGUCUGGACCCAGGCAUAUGACAAUUUGUAAACAACAAAGAUGAGCACCCAAUGGUGGAAUCCAACCUGGUGGUUCCAAAGCUCAAGCUCUUGUAAUGAAUUGCACAAACAAACAGUAUGUCACUUCCAGAGAACACAUAGGGGGCCCUUGUAUUAACAAGGAGCCCCACUCGAGUCACUCUUUACACUCUGAGGUACAUAACAGGUACUACUUUCAUCUGGCAAUCUAAACGUGUUCCCUUUUGCUGUACAAAAGCAAUUUACACCUAGUUUUAAUUUAAACCACCAUAGAGAAUAGUUAACUCAUUGUUGUGCUGCACCUCACUGGCCAUCUAUUUUUUAGCAAAUCUUUGAUUUGAAGAACACAUGCCAAAAUGUGUCUUAUAUGCACUGUCUUAUAUGCUAGAGAACAGUCAGAGUUGUAAUUGAAGUCUGUUGAUGAUGUGUUUUCCUGUACAAAUCAUUCACUGUCAGGCAUGCUGUGUGAAGAUCACUAGUGUUUUAGGAAUCUUGGUGUGUGGGUUUACAAACAUCCACAAAGCUUCAAAGAUAAAACUGCUUGCUAAUGUUAAGUAGGUCCUGUCCAUAGUUGUACAUAUCUGUAGGUCUGUAUAGUUAGGAGCUGGUACAUUAGAUGCAUUAUUGUAACGUUGUUUAGGACCAUUGUGUAUUAAAUAGAAGAGUAGGGAAAGAAAAGCACUUUGACUUCAUAGAGCUCCUGUCAAUGGGAGCACCAGACAAACCUCUGCAUACCUAUCCCUUUGAUUGAAUGGUUGUGUAUCAGAGGGUAGGGCAAGCUCUCUCUACACUGUUCAGACUUUUUCAGACACCAGGUCAAAAAUAUUCCCCAGUAUUUUCUUUGCAUCAUAAAAAAAAAGUAUUACGUUUUGUUACUGUAAAACUAUAUUUGCAUUAUUCGUUUAAUGUUCAGAUGACGCAUGCCUUUUGAGGAAAGGUUUAGUUUGUUACUUGAGGUGUACCCUGCCCUCAGACGGGUUUUACUUGAUCUCCUUAACUCACUCAUCUGCAUGGAGAAACACAUUCUAGGUAUAUACUAAUACCUCACUGACCACAGCUGUGGUCCAUCCAUAGAAUUAGACAUCUAUGGAUCCUUCUCCUAUGCCUAACUUUUAGAUACAGGGGAACGGAUUGGGGUAUAUUAAUCUGUGGUUAGAAGCACCCGUUGGGAGCCCAGCAUUGAUUAAACGUAGUGUUAUUCUUUUGAUAUGAACUUUUACAGGCAUGUAACAUGAUUUUUGAUAAGACAGUGUUGCUACUAGCCAUUUCAUAAACACUAGUGGCACAGCCAUCAGAUCAAAGAAUAGAGAUACUGAAUCUUAAUUGUGUAUAAAUGCACAAUAUAUGUAUAAUACUAAUGCUUUUAUCUACAGUAAAACUGACAGGUGCACUAAUGUCAAUUUGUUGAUGUAUUCCACCCGUUGGGUACCUUUAAAUUACUAUGUAAAAGCCGUGAAGCCUUUGUACUAAUUGGAAUCAUUUCUAGUAUUAUUUAAUUAUAUAUUUUUGUAGCAAUUCUAGGGUAUGAUGUGGCGGUGACUAUAAAAGUACUGAAGUUUUA